AACAAGAUUGAGAGCGUACUACGCUCUGGACUCUGGUGCCACGUUGGUGCCCGCUAAGUUAAAUCGAAGGAAAGGCGCAUGUGACCACGGUAGUGAUCUUUAUUCGUUUCGGAUGUUCAAAGAAGGUGUGGACGUGAUCGACUUGGGCGCACCUCUUGGCUUCAGUUCUGCUCGCACCCGCCGCAGAUACCCUCGAUAUUCUCCGAAUCCACGGCUAAAUGCAAAAUGGAUACCCAAUCCGAAAGCACCAAGUAAGAAGCGAGUGAAGCGCAAGUCGGGUCGCAGGAAGCACUUCAGGCGGCCGGUGCCCAACUCACGGCUAUACCGGCCGCAGCCGGCGCGCCGCCCCGUCCCGCCCACCUGCCCCCUCUUCUGGCCUCCCCCCGCGCGCACUCCGCAGGUAUCUGACACCGCGUCGCGUGCUGCCCUCUGCCUGCAGCAGGCGAGCCGUCGUCCGUCGAAUAAUCGACGACGACUGGUAGUAACAUUACCCCAGCUCUCGCUACACCGAAGUGUCGUCGACUCGUCGCACAAAAUGGAGGCGGCGAACAGACACUCGACGAGUCCGGAAUGCUCCGACGGGAAUGACGCAUCCUCUGCACCGAGCGAGUUCCUAGCUGAGUUCCUAUCUGCAAUAAUGAGGCGUCAGUACGCAGAGGCUCUGAAGUACUGUCAUCUGAUACUGCAGUACGAGCCGCACAACACCACAGCGCGCGGCUUCUACCCGCUGUUGCAGCACAAAGUACAGACUAAUCAGAACAAAACAGUUUCAGAUGAGGCCAGCUCAAGUGACGACAGUCCUCGUGUGGGUCUCUUCGCAGAGUGCGAUUUGCGACGGGAGGAGGUGAUGCAGCAAGAAGCAGACUCGCCCCGGUCGAGUUCGUGUUCCUCGCUGGAGCUGGACUCGUCGGACGCGCCGCGGUCGUCGCGCUCGCCGUCGCCGUCUCGUCGCACGCCCACCGACCGCUCCGACCGCACGGAUCGGACCGAUCGCACUGACAGAACUGACCGAACCGACCGCACCGAUCGAAGUGACAGUACGUCGUCACGCUGGGACAGCGGCGGGGAGCGGUCGGACCGCGACGACAACGGCAACUCCCCGCCCGCGCCCAACGCCAACGUCUCCCUCACACCCUCCACACCCAUACUGUCCGAUUUUACGACAGGCGACGUGGAGAAAGCAGAUGAGAACGACAACGCCUCUCCUAACCACUACAUCCCUACGCACCUCAAGAGCGGGUCAUCUCUACAAAGACUACGCGCACAGUUCGCUUGCUCUAUCAAGUGAAUACUACAGUCUGCUAAACACAAACAAAAAGCCUAGAACCAUACCUAGAGCAUAUAACAUUUUUAUGUUUUGGUACCUAAUA